CAGGUACCAAGAAUUUGUCUUGGUUGGUCCUUUCCGUGCAGCAAAAUAAAAAUAAGCAUGUUGGCAGAUUGUGAAGAAGUCUAGGCGAACUCAAGCGAUUUUCUAGGCUUACAUGUUACUUUAGAGUACUGCGGCGAAGUGAACAAUGGGAUUUCGGUGAACGGGAGCUCGUUCGUCUUACGAAUCCGUGCAUUCGAAUUUAUAUGCUAACAACUUUGGGUAUAAGCCGACACAAGUAAGAGAAGAAGAAGUUAAAUGUCGCUGUUCUCAUCUAGGCUCUACAUCUACAUCUCAAGUCUUUCUUCCAGGAGCGGCGAACUUUCCGUUAUCGGCGAUGACUACGAGGCUGUUGGCAACCGUCUUCCUUGCUCUUGUAUUCGGGAGCAGCGAAAGCCACUUUCUACCAUCGCAGAACAACAGGACCGUAACCCCAGACGGCUGUUUGGACCCCACCGGUCAUCUCGUCAACGAAGGCUUCAGUAUCUCGAGAACACGUCCAUGCCAGCUCGAGACUUGCCGCAAUGGCACGUGGGAUAUAGCCAGGUGCAUCGAGGACGUGGACCCGAAGUGCAAGGGGCAACUGGGAACCAGAGGACCGGGACCGUACCCGGACUGCUGUGCGCUUGCUGUGUACUGCGCCGGGCACUGAGGCGCGGCCAAGGACAGCGCCGCAGUUCUCGACAAACCGUGCUGUAACUGCGUCACCUUUGUUAAAAUCUCCUCCGAGGACGCCAAGACAAUAUGUAAAUAAUUUUUUUACCAUCCGCAGGCUUUAUAUUUCCUGCGGCAGCUGGUACGGGCUACUUGGGUUACGAACGUAACCGAUAUCACCCACAUGCUGGAAAGAAAUGCCCGCCGCCUGAAGAUGCAAUUCCAAUCACGAUGUGCGAUGGCUAAACGCGCUACCAGGCCCGGACAACUGCUUCAAGCGAAAAGAACUGAAAGAACGCUGCAAGCAUCUUUUGCGCCCUCUAUAGUGCACUGAGUCAACAUCAUUUCGGACGUGUUAGCCGAAUGUGAAACAUGUAAAGCAAAAAAAAAAACGAAGAAAAAAAAACGCUGUCUCACUUUUCGUUAGUCGUGAGCCAGCCGUGUAAAUCUGGGGUUGAAUUCCCGAACGGCUGUUGGCCAUUGGCGCGUCACCUUCGCUGAUAAGUCCAACAUCACGAUUGCCUGGCAGCUGCUUUUAUGAGUACUUCUAACAUUUUUUCGAGUACGAGUACUGGUGUCUGCAAUGACCAACAUCCACCACAUAA